AUGGUACAAGUGGGACUCGACCUCACAACCUUCCGGUGGUUGUCUGUUAAACUCCCUAACAAGAAAAGCAAAAGUACAUGUGACGUUUUCCCACUUUCCUUUCCUCAGAAAGUCAAUAGAUGUAGAGCUCUUUACUUCCGUGUUUAUCAGAUGAAUGAUGACAUCAGGAAGCCUACACCUUCAAUCAUUAGCAAGAAUAACGACAUCAGAAAUCCCACAUUCUCAAUCAUUAACAGGAAUGAUGACAUCAGAAAUCCCACACCCUCAAUCAUUAACCAGAAUCAUGACAUCAGAAAUCCCACACCCUUAAUCAUUAACAAUAAUAAUUACAUCAGAAAUCCCACUCCCUUCAUCACUAGCAAGAGUAUUGACAUCAGAAAUCCCACACUCUCAAUCAUUGAUAAGAAUCAUGACAUCAAAAAUACCACACCCUCAAUCAUUAACAAGAAUAAUGACAUUAGAAAUCCCACAUCCUCAAUCAUUAACAAGAGUAAUGAGAUCAGAAAUCCCACAUCCUCAAUCAUUAACAAGAAUAAUGACAUUAGAAAUCCCACACCCUCAAUCAUUGAUAAGAAUCAUGACAUCAGAAAUCCCACACCCUCAAUCUUUAACAAGAAUCACGGCAUCAGAAAUAUCACACUCUCAAUCAUUAACAAGAAUAAUGACAUAAGAAAUUCCACGCCCUCAAUCAUUAACAAGAAAAAUGGCAUCAGAAACCCACAUGCUUAUUCAUUAACAAGUGGUAAUGACAUCAGAAAUCCCACAUUCUCAAUCAUUAACAAGAAUAAUGACAUUAGAAAUCCCACACUCUCAAUCAUUAACAAGAGUAAUGACAUCAGAAAUCCCACACUCUCAAUCAUUAACAAGAGUAAUGACAUCAGAAAUCCCACACUCUCAAUCAUUAACAAGAGUAAUGACAUCAGAAAUCCCACACUCUCAAUCAUUAACAAGAAUAAUGACAUCAGAAAUCCCACACCCUCAAUCAUCAACAAGGAUGAUAACAUCAGAAAUCCCACAUUCUCAAUCAUUAACAAGAAUAAUGACAUCAGAAAUCCCACACUCUCAAUCAUUAACAAGAAUAAUGACAUCAGAAAUCCCAUACCUUCAAUUAUUAACAAGAAGAAUGACAUCAGAAAUCCCAUACCUUCAAUCAUUAACAAGAAUAAUGACAUCAGAAAUCCCACACUCUCAAUCACUAAGAAGAAUAAUGGCAUCAGAAAUCCCACACCCUCAAUCAUCAACAAGGAUGAUAACAGCAGAAAUCCCACACCCUCAAUCAUUAUCAAGAGUAAUGACAUCAGAAAUUCCACAUCCUCAAUCAUUAACAAGAGUAAUGGCAUCAGAAAUCCCAUACCCUCAAUCAUUAACAAGGAUAAUGAUAUCAGAAAUCCCACACCCUGA